AUGUUCCCUUGCCUUUUCUCCUUUGCCUUUUCUCCCUUGCCUUUUCUCCCUUGCCUUUCUCCCUUGCCUUUUCUCCCUUGCCUUUUCUCCCUUGCCUUUUCUCCCUUGCCUUUUCUCCCUUGCCUUUUCUCCCUUGCCUUUUCUCCCUUGCCUUUUCUCCCUUGCCUUUUCUCCCUUGCCUUUUCUCCCUUGCCUUUUCUCCCUUGCCUUUUCUCCCUUGCCUUUUCUCCCUUGCCUUUUCUCCCUUGCCUUUUCUCCCUUGCCUUUUCUCCCUUGCCUUUUCUCCCUUGCCUUUUCUCCCUUGCCUUUUCUCCCUUGCCUUUUCUCCCUUGCCUUUUCUCCCUUGCCUUUUCUCCCUUGCCUUUUGUUCCCUUGCCUUUUCUCCCUUGCCUUUUCUCCCUUGCCUUUUCUCCCUUGCCUUUUCUCCCUUGCCUUUUCUCCCUUGCCUUUUCUCCCUUGCCUUUUGUUCCCUUGCCUUUUCUCCCUUGCCUUUUCUCCCUUGCCUUUUCUCCCUUGCCUUUUCUCCCUUGCCUUUUCUCCCUUGCCUUUUCUCCCUUGCCUUUUCUCCCUUGCCUUUUCUCCCUUGCCUUUUGUUCCCUUGCCUUUUCUCCCUUGCCUUUUCUCCCUUGCCUUUUCUCCCUUGCCUUUUCUCCCUUGCCUUUUCUCCCUUGCCUUUUCUCCCUUGCCUUUUCUCCCUUGCCUUUUGUUCCCUUGCCUUUUCUCCCUUGCCUUUUCUCCCUUACCUUUUCUCCCUUGCCUUUUCUCCCUUGCCUUUUCUCCCUUGCCUUUUCUCCCUUGCCUUUUCUCCCUUGCCUUUUCUCCCUUGCCUUUUCUCCCUUGCCUUUUCUCCCUUGCCUUUUCUCCCUUGCCUUUUCUCCCUUGCCUUUUCUCCCUUGCCUUUUCUCCCUUGCCUUUUCUCCCUUGCCUUUUCUCCCUUGCCUUUUCUCCCUUGCCUUUUCUCCCUUGCCUUUUCUCCCUUGCCUUUUCUCCCUUGCCUUUUCUCCCUUGCCUUUUCUCCCUUGCCUUUUCUCUCCUUCCUUCCUUUCAAUCAUGGUCACCACCGCCCGAUCUCUCAGGAUAGUGCAGUGGUGGUGUCUUGUGCUGGCGCCACUUGCAUGCCCCAACUCACCCGUCUCUUUCCCUCCCCAAUCAUGGUCGUACCGCCUUCUCCCCUUCUCCCCUUCUCCCCUUCUCCCCUUCUCCUCUUCUCCCUUUCUCCCGGCUCGCAUUUAUCCUCCCCACUACCUCAUCUCUCAGGAUAGUGCAGUGGUGGUGUCAGGUGCUGACGCCACUCACUCGCAUGGCUCCCACUUACCCAUCUCUCCUCCCCCUCCUCCCCCCUCCCACCCUCCCACCCUCCCAAUCGCGCCCCACCACUCUGUAACUCAGGAUAACGCAGUGGUGGUGUCAGGUGCUGGCACCACUCACUCGCAUGGCCCCCACUUACCCAUCUCUCCUCCCCCUCCUCCCCCCUCCCACCCUCCCACCCUCCCAAUCGCGCCCCACCACUCUGUAACUCAGGAUAACGCAGUGGUGGUGUCAGGUGCCGGCACCACUCACUCGCAUGGGCCCCAAUCACUGGCCCCCACUUACUCAUCUCUCCUCCUCCCCCCCCCCAACCCUCCCAAUCGCGCCCCACCACUCUCUCCAAUUUCCCCUCUACCCUUCGCCCUUUUGCCCCCUUCUCUCCCUCGCAAUCAUCCACCCCUUUCCCCCGUAACUCAGGAUAGUGCAGUGGUGGUGUCAGGUGCCGGCACCAGUGGCAGAAUAGCCUUUCAGCCAACCAACCAUCUGGCACGUGCCAACCGCCCACCCGACUUUCACCUGAAAAUUCACCUGCAGGUGGUUCUCUGUUUCAACGCGGUGCUCAGGAGAUACGGCCGGCCGCCCUGCUUCCACUUCCUCAUCGCAGGGGGGCUACCGGCCCUACUCAAGGCACAGGAGGGAGCAGAGGACAACCAAGAAGCAGCAGAGGCAGCGUUGAGGCGAGUGGAGGCGAGAGGCAACCCGUGGGGGAAGCCGUGUGGGCGAGUGCUCUAUAUCGGCAUCAGCUGUGGCCUCAGCGCUCCCUACGUGGCAGCACAAGUCAAGUAUGCCCUCUCACAGUCGCACUAUGCCGUUGCUGUCAUGGGUUUCAAUCCGCCCUCUCUCGCGCCAAACACCAAGGUGGGUGGGUGGGAGGAUGACAGGCACCUCCCUUUCCUCUCACCACCCUCCUCGCACCGUCGCACGCCCCCACUCUCCAACCAGGGUGCUGGUCUGCCCGUCAAGAGUUAUGCGCUCGCAUCGAUGCUGCUGCAGCAGACACCAUCUCUUAUUGUCUCCCCACUCCUUCCUCCUUCUUUCCACUCCCCUUCCACUCCCCAACCAGGGUGCUCUAGGCGUAACCUUUCCUUCCCGUCUGUCCUUCAAGAGCUAAGGGCUCGCAUUGAUGCUGCUGAAGCAGACAUUAGCACCACCCUUUCCUCCGACUUGCCGACUUUCCCCCCGCCCCUUCCUCCUUCUUUCCCUCGCCCUUUCAUUCCCCAACCGGGUGUUCCAGGCGUGACUUUCCCGUCCGUGCUUUCAGAACUGAGGGCUCGCAUUGAUGCUGCUCAAACAGACGCCACCACCGUUUUCUCCAAUCCUCCAUCCACUCCCUCUGCUGAUUCAAUUUUAUGCCCAUUCCCCAACCAGGGUGCUCCAGGCGCCACCUUUCCGUCCGUGCUUUCAGAAAUGAAGGCUCGCAUUGAUGCUGCUGAAGCAGAGGGGGAAGUGCCAAGACACUUUAUCCUCUCUCCUGCUGUCGGCCCGGUAUGUAUGGGGGAGGGGUAG